AUGAGGACUCACACCGGGGAAAAACCGUUCCAGUGUGAUGUAAGUGGAGCAGCGCUUUGCUUUUGUGUUAUUGCAAUAUUCAAGAUGUUUCUGGUUCACAUGCUGAGAAGCAAAUGA